AUGCAGACACUUAGAAACUUUAUAUCAUCAAAAUUAAGUCAUAAAUCAAAACAUAAAGAUAAAGACGAAGAUAAAUCCUUGUCAUCAGUGAUAGCAACAAAUGCAACAUUAGCCAAUACUCGAUCAGCUGAAAAAGGUUCAUUCGGACGUGUUAUGCUUGUUAAGCAUGUAUCCAAUGGAACUUUCUAUGCAAUGAAAAUUCUUGAAAAACAACAAAUUUUUAAAUUACGACAAAUUGAACAUACUCUCAAUGAAAAACGUAUUCUUCAAGCUAUUUCUUUUCCUUUUAUUGUCAAUUUGAAUUAUCAUUUCAAAGACAAUUCCUAUUUAUACAUGGUUUUGGAAUUUAUACCCGGUGGUGACAUGUUUAGUCUUUUACGUAAAGUCGGUCGAUUUAGUGAACAACAUGCGCGGUUUUAUGCAGCUCAAAUUGUAUUAACGUUCGAGUAUCUUCAUUAUUUAGAUAUAAUUUAUCGAGAUCUUAAACCUGAAGAUUUGUUAAUCGAUACUGGUGGUUACUUAAAAGUAACUGAUUUUAGUUUUGCAAAAAAAAUCACAGGUCGAACCUGGACAUUAUGCGGUACACCAGAAUAUUUGGCACCAGAAAUAAUUUUAGCACGAGGAUGUAAUAAAGCAGUUGAUUGGUGGGCAUUAGGUAUAUUAAUAUAUGAAAUGUCGGCUGGCUAUCCACCAUUUUUUGCUGAUCAACUAAUUGAACUUUAUGAAAAAAUUGUAUCAGGCAAAGUCCAAUUUCCAUCACAUUUUAGUAGUGAUUUAAAAGAUCUAUUACACAAUCUUCUUCAAAUUGAUGUAAGAAAACGUUAUGGAAAUUUAGCAAAUGGUGUUGAUGAUAUUCAAAGUCAUCAAUGGUUUUCAGGUACAAAUUGGAUUGGUAUAUAUCAACGACAGGUAGAAGCACCAUUUGUACCGAAAACAAAAGGACCCGGUGAUGCAAGUAAUUUUAAGGAAUAUGAAGAAGAACCACGUAAGAAAAUUUAA